UGUGACUUUACCGAAAGACCCAAAGAAUAUGAAUUCCUGCAGUCACGAAAGCUUUAAGUCAAGUAGAGGUGCAAUAUGUUGCCUUGCAAAAGUGUUGUACUUGACAAGAAAGUCAGAUAGUAGUGGGGGGGGGGGGUGCAUUAUGUAACUUUGUUUUGACAACAGGCUGUAAAGGGUGAAACAAACAUUUAAAAAGUUCUUAGAAACAAAUAGAAUAACUGAUCAUAAUAUGCGCACGUUGUUUCUAGCCGUUCCAUUGACCUUGGCAUAAUUCACUUGUUUUUUUAUAUGUCCAAGUAUUAAAUCGGUUCUCUCAUGCAUUGCACAUUUUGCGACAGGAACUGACUUUUUGUUUGUUUCAUUUAACUUUUUAACAUUGGUGUUUUCAUACAACCAAUAUGAUUCAUUUGUUUUUUGGAUUACAUCAUGUGGGCGUAGCUCGAAUUGACAUAGUAUCUACGCUGUAAUCCAGUAACGAAUUAUGAAUCGUUCGUUGGUAUUUGCCUAUGUUCCGGGUUAACCACGUAUAUAAAAAAAAAUGUUUAUCAGAUAUAUUUGGCACAUCCCCAUAUCUACAGAACCACUAAGUUUCCUGUCAAAAUAUGUGGCUGGGUGACUUCGGGGAUAAAUAUUGUUUAUUUGGCAUAGCAUUACACUGCACUGUCGAAAAUGACUUAUCGUUUUGCUUGUUUAUCAAGCCUUGAGUCUCUGUACAGCCUUUAAUGAGGAUCCUGCCAAGUUCACAGUCGGGGGCGCUAUUGCUAUGCGUAACUCCAAUCGAGUCGUUUGCAGGGCUUUUUCCGAGCAUUGAUCCUGGCGCCCUGGAGAACAUGCUGGCUAUGAAGCCGCCACAGCUGGAGGUGUACGAGCAGCCUAAGUCGCGCGGCAUGCGCUUCCGCUACGAGUGCGAGGGCCGCUGUGCAGGCAGCAUCCUGGGAGAUCGAAGCACGGACAGCAACAAGACCUACCCGGCCGUCAAGCUGGUGAACUGCACUGGGCCGGCCAAGGUGCGCGUGUCGCUCGUGAGCAAGAAUGACCCGCACCGGCCUCACCCGCACAGCCUGGUAGGGAAGGACUGCUCGGAUGGUGUGUGCGAGGUGGACGUCUCCUCGGGGGUCACCAUCGUGCAGUUCCAAAAUCUGGGCAUUCAGUGCGUUAAGAAGAAAGAGGUUGCGGAUGCCCUGAAGCUGAGACUCCAGAAGAACGUGAACCCUUACAAAGUUUCAGAGGAGCAGGCCCUGGGUACAGAGGAGAUCGACAUGAACGUGGUGCGGCUCUGCUUCGAGGCAUUCAUCCACGAGCGUGGUCGCGUCAUUGCCCUGCCACCCAUCGUCUCCCAGGAGAUCAGAGACAAGAAGGCACCGAACGUCUCGGAGUUGAAAAUUUGCCGUGUCAACUUGAAUGCUGGCAGUGCACGUGGUGGGGAUGAGGUUUUCCUUUUGUGUGACAAAGUUCAGAAAGAAGACAUCGAGGUGCGCUUCUUCGAGCCGGAUGGCAGCUGGGAGUCGCGCGGCAGCUUCUCGCAGGCCGAUGUCCACCGGCAGGUGGCCAUCGUGUUCCGCACACCGGCGUACCGCGACCCGGGCAUCACGCGUCCCGCCAGCGUGCGCAUGCAGCUGCGACGGCCGUCGGAUGGAGAAGCCAGCGAGCCGAUCGAGUUCCGCUACAUCCCAGUCGAUCCCGAUCCCCACAAGCUGCAGGAGAAGCGCAAGCGAAAGGCCGAUUCGUUUGACAAAUUCCUGGAAAGCACCAACAUCACCGGGCUCGGGACUCCGUCUGGGAAUAUUGCAGAGAGGAAGGUGGCUGUGAGCACUACCAGUUCGCAGAAGUCCAAGGAGCUUCUCCGCCAGAAGAUUCAAGAUAAAACCCAAGAAGCCUCCUUCAUGCGGGGUGCUGGCUUCGUCUCCUCCCCACGCACACCGCCAGCCUCCGCCGGCUACGACGCGCAGCCCUCCCUGAGCGGCGUCACCGUCGCGCCAUCCGUCCAUCCCGCUAUGCCUUCGUCGUCGUUGUCGCUGCUGCUACCCGCGGCAACAUCAAAGGCGCCAUCGCCCGGUCACACGGCGCGCCAGAGCUCUGUGGCUGUGAGCGCCAGCCCCAGCGUCGGCUCCGUGCUCGUGCUUGGCACAGGCGGCGGCCACUACUCGCAGAGCGCGCUCGCCGCUGACAUGCAGGGCCUCAACGUCACCGAGCUGAACCCUGUACGGCCACCGGCAGCAGCGGCGGCAGCAGCAGCGGCGCAAUCGAGGGCUGCCGAGAACCACAGUCCCCUGACGUCGUUCGACAUGCCUGCCGCGACAGGGGGCGGCAUCGACAGCCUGACGGCCAUGAGCUUCAGCGAGUUUGAAUUCCUCGGCAACGACAUGUACCCGUUCGUGCCCAAUGAAGACUUGGUGAUAUUCGCCACACCGGCCUCGCCAACGCUGCCCGCGCAACACGUGACUCUCACCAGCGCCGCCGCCGCCGCCACGGCCGCUGCCGCCGCCACAACCGCCACCGGCACACCCGACCCGGACCAGACGACAUCGGUGAGUCAGCUGUCGCAGCAGCAAAUCUCCGACGUGCUCAACAUCAUCCAGCACUCCAUGCGUCAUCAGCAGGAUGGCGCCACUGCCCCGGAAACGGCCGCGGCAACCGGUGCCGCCCAGGCGAACUUUGCGACGAAUUCGCCCGACGGGCGGGAAGUGCCGGCUUGGUCCGGCGGUGCAGUGAACGCACAGUCACAAAUACAUUCGCAUUCGCCUGCGCCCGAUCAGUCCCUGCAGGCGCCGGGAGCCGUGUACCUGGCAGGGCAAACUGGCUCCGGCCUGGGACCCGGCUACUUGUCGUUUCCCGACGAUAUGCGCAUGGAGAGCCUGGAGCGGCUCGACAGCGCUGAGCUCAACCGGCUGCUUGAGACGGUGACCAUGGACAUGACCAACAACGUGGGCAGCGCUGACGGAUUCUUGUAGAGAAAUGGCGCCGCCCGUGAAUGGUUGUUUAUUGAUGGCGGUAAACGGCCUUUAUUUAUAGGAAAACAGCCUGGGGUGUUGGCGGCUGUGGUCGUAUUCGCAAGUUGGAUGAGUGACGAGUUUGAGAAAAUAUGAUUCGGCGUCAACUCGGCUGAUUUUUUUUUUACCUGCUUGGCUUGCUCAUUAGGAAUUUGAUGGUGGUCAUCUUGUCGGAUUAAAACGCACACCGGGCAUGGGAAUCUACUUUGCACCACUGGGCUCGGAAAACUGGCUCAUGACUGAAGCGGAGAUGAGUACCCACGACAUGGCCAGUUUUAUUUGGAAGCAAGAUACAUUGAUUUAUUUGAGAAUUAUCAAUGAAUCUCAGGACUUCUUAAAAGUGUCAUGCCUUCAUAUGUUUGGCCAUUUACUUUUUUUAGGUGUGUGCUUAGAGAUAAAAAAUAAUGCACACAUUUUUAAGAAACUACAAAGUCGCUUUUGUGGUAUUGCAAUAUCCUGAUCAGCUGACGGUCGUGUGAUUUCUAUAUAGCCCCAACAACCCCACCUCCACGAAGCUCCGGGUUACAGAGCUGUGUGUGUGUGUGUCAUGCCCGGAGUUUUGCCUCGCUGUCGUACAGUCGCGAAUAUUCAUGGCCUGUUGUUCUGAUGUAUUUUCGGGCUGCCGUAGUAUGCGCUGCGCUGCGAUGAUAGUGGCUGUACGUUUUAUUCAUCCACUGGUACCUAUGAGGACCCGCCGCCACUAACGUGGAGAGCAUCCAUGCCGGAUGAUCAUCGUAGGUUCCCUUGUGGUAGGAUAAAGUGUGGGAAUCUUGCAGUUUGUUGAAAGGCAUCGUGGGGAAGUUAAGUUCAAGUCCCUUGAUAGAGGGAGACUACUACUUCCACUUUUAUGGUAUAAAGACUGUUAUACUUACAUGCUGAGCUAUACUGAGCAUAAUUGUCUUUUGCUACCCUCUGCUGAUGUAUAGAAGACACAAAGGUACUCAAAUCCUUUGACUUCUUGUGAGCUGUCACACUUGAGGAUAAUGAAUUAGCUCUUCAAAUCGCACAUAUGGGCAAGACUGGAUAGAGUUUUAGACUGAAAAUCUAAAAGGUUAACUUUCAAAAACCCACUUUGGGGAAGACAUGGGUGCAUUGUUCCACCAGCCCUCUCCGAUGUGUAUUUAUGUUGUGCCGUGUUGUUGCUCGUCACGAUGUCCGACGUGUCGCUCCAAAUACGAGGAACUUCUUCAGGAACCGAAUUGAAUUGAAGCUCCCACAAGCAUGUGCAGCAUAUUGAGUGGAGAACUUUAAUGAGUGAAGAUCACAAGAACUGUAACCAUGGUAGUAGUGAUAAUAGAGUGAUAAGGUGGCCACCUAUUGCGGACUUAUUGAGUGGUCUGAACUUAACCAGCGAGUUCUGGAAUCAAUCGUCAACCCGACUGCUUUUCUCUUCAAAUCUAUCACGUACAUUGAGGGUGGAACUGGGAAAUCCAGCCCAGAUUUAACAGCUUUUUUUCGACCUCCGAGGGGUGGGUAAUGAGCCGAGUUGACCCCCCCCCCCCACCAGAAUUUGUAUUCGCAAAUCCUUUUGUUUAAUGGGAACUCUAACCACAGCCAUGCAGCACUACCCAGCCAGGCUUAUCAAGCACCGUCCCAUAAGUAAAGAACACUAGGUUUAAAAAAAAUCCCAUUUUGUUAAAUCCUUUGCUUUACUAUGUUUUGACAUUAGUUUUUAGGAAUUCCGCUGCAUGGCUGACUGGUGUUUUAAGGCACUAAGUUCCGCAUACACGGUGCGAGUGUAAGAGCGCUCACGUGUGCUAAGGCCAUUUUGUGUAAAUACUAUUGCCAUGUCUUAAUUGUGGACUGUGGUGGUUGGCGAUGAUGGUCAGUGGUGUUCAAUACUCUUGCAAAAAAUUUUAAGAAUUCAGAGCAUGUCGAUUAAAUAAGCCAUCAAUUUAAAAACACAGCUGUAAGAUUCUAUACAACAGGAAAAGCGCUGAUAAUCGCAUGCACGUGGCGUGUGAAAACGCUGAACGUGCACACGUUGACAAACUAAAACACAGAAAUCAUCAGACCACGGGUUGCAACGUACAUUUUUAUUGUCGAUGCUGUAUAAGCAUGGGGGGGGGCCAUUUUGGCGCAUUGAAAAAAAAUUGUAAUGAGAAAUGGAACCGGUUUCUCCUCUCAGCAACGUGGGCAUACAUGGCAAGACUCGUGCUAAAACCUGAAUCAAUCGAACACGGCUGAAAUUUCGUCAAUGUUGCUGUCACUCGGAUGUUGUGCUAGACGAAAUCGUCGACGCAUUGCAGGCAAUCGAGCGUAGCAACGGUUGCAAACCAUCUUGCGGCUGUUUAAUUUAUUUCUUUUGAGGCCAGUUUUCAUGCUACAUUACUCCGAUUUCUACGCAAGCACGCAAAAUGGUCCACCAGGGCAAGGCUCUUCUCAUUUGGCAGCCCGGUGUCAUGUGGUAGAAAUUCCACAUUCCUCGGUGUUUACUUAAGAAUACUGUCAACGUUCCACAAACCAGUUAUUUUACAUACCUGUCAACCCCUUAUCAGUGCCUACCUUAUUGCAGACCAAAUUCAGACCUUAUUGGUCACACCGUGCCCUUAUGAAUCUCAACGUUAAUCCUAAAAAGUCCCAUCAUAAGGGAGAUACAAAAACAAAUCGAAUUUUCCUUGCCCCUAUUGAAACGGCUGUAUGCCGUAAGGACCUGAACCUGAACUCAAUUUCCCUGUACAAGAAUACGGGUAAAUCGUAUGGGUUGACAGGUAUGAUUUUUUUUUAUUAACCCCUUAGUGAUAAUGGGUUGUGAGCUAAACUCUCAACUGUGAUUUUUAAACUUAUGAUAAUGAUACUUGGCUGGAGAAAAUGCUCACCAACUCGCCUAGUCUGUUGCUGGUGCUACUAUUGCAUGGCACACAGUGGGCCUCUGUUAACAUCUGUGAUAACAUUUAAGUGAUUGUCACAGGAUUAAACGUUGGUAUUUUUUUUUAUAAAGCCGAUUCACACCUUUGCAAAGCAUCCUUAAUAAAAUACGUCACCAACUAAAUUCGGUGAACGCUAUAAUGGUGCGCAGUAAUAUGCGGCUCACAAUCGGAACCACUUUGUGGAAAGUCCUCUUGACAGAAUUUCCCCCGCCAUAGAAAUGCAGAAUUUCCACCACGGGCUGUAAGCAGGAGAUAAGUGCUGCAAAUUAUAUUUUUUGUUACUUGAAAAUUAGGUAGAACCUAUUCUCCUGGAAGCUAUUUUUAAGAUUGUGAGCCUCAAACCUGGACCUUGUGUUUCGCCAGUGUUUUAAACUUCCAAAUGUGAGCAGUUGAGUGAUUUGUGGGACAGUCAUCAAUGUUGACAUAUUUUCACUUAUCUGUGGCCAUUUCGUAGGUUUUAUUUGUUUAAUUAGUGCAAAGUUUUUUUUAAUUAAAAAGAACUGGAAAAGUUUGGCAUUUUAAAUACUUUAUAACGAAAUUGCAGUUCUGCUGUUUGUCUCAUCGCAACGUAUUGUUUUAUCAGCGGUGCACUAUCGUGCUGUUAUAAAUGACACGUGUUGCCUUGUACAUAAUAAUUUUCCUUUCAUAUAUCUUGGUAGUUCUGCUAUAAAAGCAUAUUGGUUUUAACCCUGCACUGAAGAUGUUUUUAGAUUCAUUAUUUUAAAACCUGGUGUAUGUGAUUUCCAACUUAAGUUAAAUGUACAGCAUUGCAAUUUUUCACACGUUUUAAGCAAGCAAAUCUGUCAUUAUUGGUUUUGUUCCACUACUGCCCUUCAACCUGGCCUGAUUUUAAAAUGCCUCGCACACAUGCAUUUGGAGUAAUGCAUGGAAAUCGAUAACAUGAAAGUGAACCUACAUGUUAAUACAAAAAGGUGGAAGUUAGGCCAAAAACAUUGGAUGAGAUUGUAGAUUUAGCUGGUAAACGGUUUACUUGCCUUUUAUAUUUCGGCCAUUACGGAGGCCUUCAUCAAGAGACGUUGACUCCAGCGGCUUGUAAUGUGAUUUGUAUCGUAUUUUGCGAGACUCAUUGGAGUUGACGGAGCAAAAUGAAAUACUAAAAGUGUUUUCUGUAAACAACUGCUGUUUUAAAUCAAUCCUAAUAGGAGUUAUAGGACUGCAUUCAUAACAUACUUUCUAAUUUCCCCCAUUUGUUUAAAAUAAAAGUUGUGCUUGUGUUAUUUACGUCCCCCCCCCCCCCCCCCCCCCCCCCUUCAGGUAUCAUCCACUUGAUGUAACAAACAUAAUUUUAACUUGGUUGCAGUCUUGAGAGAGAGACUGGCCCGUAGUAUGCUUUUAUAGAGAUUAUUUGUCUGAACAGGUAGUUAAGGUAGCAUUUGAACAACACUUUGCCACGUAAGCUCGCCUGUUAAUCGUGACUCCCACCGCUCUAAAGGAAGCGUGCUGUGCUUUGUGACAGCAUGCCAUGAACGUGCAGAGAAGCCACUCGCAGACGUUCGUUCGGCGCUUGCACACGACUGCAAACUUGAGUGCGUGUCAAUCUAACGCAUUCAUGCCUUCACAGCCAUGGGUGAUCAAUCCAGUGGCGGGGUGGCGCAAAAUCUUGGGAGAAGAAAUUGCUCGACACAAAAGUCCCACUUGGGAAACCCACACUUGAAAUCGUAUCCGUUGGCAAAUCCAUAGCUACCAUGUGUCCAGUCUGUUACGAUUCAAGUCGAGUCCUAUGCCUUAACAUGCAACACAGGCUGCCUCGCAUUAAAAAGGGAAUAAUUUUAAGUGGUUGGCAGACUGUAAAGUCCAAAGGAGAUUUGGUAAUAGAGGUCUGGAACAUGAAACUUUUAAUGGGGACAUGAAAAUGUGUUUUUGCGAGUUUUAUGGGCUUUAACAUUCAACAUCUGACUGCUCUAAAGCCAUCUUGAGAAAAUAUUGGUAUUGGAUGUAAUUUGUUCUAGCCCAUGUCUUUGAAACCUUACGUAGUACGCAUGCACAAUGAGCCACUUUUGCUUAUCGGGAGUGGAGUCUUAGCACUUUCAGUUGUUCCAUAGGAAGUCUUGAAGCUGUUGUGUUAAAGGGUGUUCAGAGUUUAUUGAAUGCUUUGAUCUAUGCUUUAAUACCAACAACAUGGAAAUGUGGACUUAUGAAUCAGGGACACAAUGCAGGAGUAAUUAAAUAGUUUUCUUGAAUUGCAGGCAUGUGUGUUUCUCAUAACUUUGUCAUAUCUGGUAAAAAUGUUCAGUACAUUGUGUGUGCUCUGUAUAUUGACAAGUAAAUCAUAGUUAAAUAAAAUAACAAUUGCCUUCGA